GCUGCCUUCAUACUACGUUUGUCAACAAGUUCUACAGCGAAGUCGAACAGCGAUGCUCUGAAAACUGCCGGGCUAAUAGCAAAUGCGUUGUAAUCAUGUCGAUAACGCACGAGGAACUUUCAAAACUGAAAGUUACCGACUUAAAGGCUAGACUGACCACUUUUGGAUUAUCAACGCAAGGCUUGAAAAAUGAGCUUGUAGACCGUUUGUAUGAACACUUGCAGCCUGAUGGUGAUGAUGUGGGACCCAAGGACAUGGAUGAAGAGAAAGAAGAUGGUGAGGAAAAUAAUGGAGAGGAGCAGGAAGGAAAUGAAGAUGAUGAUGGAGGUGGUAUGGGCCUUCCUCCUGAUGAGGAAGAUGAACAGCAGUCUGCAGAUAUGGUAACAGAAGAAGAUGAUGAAAGAGAUACCCAGAGUCAAAGCUUGAGUGAACUGAUCAGCAAGGCUCGAGAACAGGAGGAGGUUUGUUUUAAAUAUAAAAUCCUCUUCAUUCUUUUUUCUUUGGCCCACCUUCAAAUCAAGAUAACUGUCGUUGCUGCGGCCACAGAUCUUGACUUGGAUGUGAAGCAUAUUGAAGUAAACUCUCUUGAAUCCUCUGCAUUUGAAAAGCUGGAACUCUCAAGCUACUGACAGAUUUUUCUUUCC